GUGCGUGCCGUGCGUGGCGCGCUGGCUUGGAAGCGCUGAACCUGAGAGGUGAACAGGCGGGUUGAGCAGUGAGAGUGUUCGGCGGCCAUGGCUCCCAACGUUCCCGCGGCCGAACCGGCCACAGAGUGUCCUAAAGGCAUCCGGGCCGUGCUGUUGGGGCCUCCCGGGGCUGGCAAGGGUACCCAGGCACCCAAAUUGGCCAAAAACUUCUGUGUCUGCCAUCUAGCUACUGGGGACAUGCUGAGGGCCAUGGUGGCUUCUGGCUCAGAGCUAGGAAAAAGGCUGAAGGCAACUAUGGAUUCCGGGAAACUGGUGAGUGAUGAAAUGGUAGUGGAGCUCAUUGAGAAAAAUUUGGACACCCCUCCAUGCAAAAAUGGUUUUCUUCUAGAUGGCUUCCCUCGGACUGUGAGGCAGGCAGAAAUGCUUGACGACCUCAUGGAGAAGAGGAAAGAGAAGCUCGAUUCUGUGAUUGAAUUUCGCAUCCCAGACUCUCUGCUGAUCCGGAGAAUCACAGGAAGGCUGAUUCACCCCAUGAGUGGCCGUUCCUACCACGAAGAGUUCAACCCCCCAAAGGAGCCCAUGAAAGAUGACAUCACUGGGGAACCCUUGAUCCGCAGAUCAGAUGAUAAUGAGAAGGCCUUGAAAAUCCGCCUGGAGGCCUACCACACUCAAACUAUCCCGCUGGUGGAGUACUACAGGAAACGGGGGAUACACUCUGCCAUCGACGCAUCCCAGACCCCUGAUGUCGUGUUUGCAAGCAUCCUAGCAGCCUUCUCCAAAGCCACAUCCUAGUAACAGAAGGCCAGGCGAGACUGCACCACUGCUCGUCACCCCGCGGCGUGAUCCCUGCUCUUAGGUGCUGGGCAGAGGGGAGGGGUGGUCAGGGUAAGCGUGGAGAGUGAAGAGUGGUGAGGGGCUCAAGAAAAAUACUGGAAGAGCAGCAGUGUUAUAGUGAGGCAAUUUUUUAUACGUAUAGUAGGAAUCUUAAAAAGCAUAAUUAAUUUUUGAAAAAACUGGAGGGUAUAAGUAGAAAUAGGGAAGUACAGUACUAUUUCUAAGAAAUCAAGUUUUUAUUUACUCUGGACUAGUGACAAUGUUUUUUAAAGCCAGUUCCCUAAGUCCUUGGCUUUUAUCUCUGAACCUCAUGGGUUGCCAGUCAAGCAAUGCAGGAAAUCAAACUUGUCCUGUGUGUCCUAUGGCUUGGGACAAGAAGGGUUUGACUGCUGACCCUGGUUCCCCACACCAUGAGAUCAAAAAAUCAUCUUUACAUUUGAAAUAUGUAUGGGGUAUGCUCAUGGGGGCAGAGGCUCAGCAAAUCAAGUUUACAGAAGUCAUGGGAAGAGUGAGGCAGGCUGAUCUCACUCCCUUUCCUGACUUACCACUGGUCUACCAGCCCACCUGCUCUCAUGGGUAAGCUGUCAGCGACUACCCAACGUAUGGAACAAUCCUACACUCUUGCCUUCUUCCAUCCACGAUGUGUGAAGGGACCCUUUAAAUAAAUGAGCAAGUGUCCCAAACACCCUCAUCCAAAGAUUGUCCUUCCUGUCCUCAAAUCCUGUGACUGGGAUCACUCGACAGCACUGUGAUGUAUUAUUUUCAGUGAGGUGCCUUUCUUAACUGACAAAAUGCUGCCUUGUUUGGCCCUUAAAUCAAUAAAGUAUGUAAAAGUUUGUA